AAAAGGGAGAAGAAACCGGCACCGUCUCGGCAGCGGCGACAGAAGCAGCAACUGUUUGAGAGAAACAAGCAGCAGGAGAGGGAGGGAAGGAAAAGAGCAGAAAGGCGGACGAAGGGCAAGUGUCUGUAGGGGUGAAGGGAGCAGAGAUCAGAGAUUUGGGGGAAACAGCUACAAAAGAAAGUGUCACUGAGAGCGGUGCGGCUCGGGAGGAGGACUGCUGCCCUGCUCGGCUCCAGAGCACAGCGGGCUGGCGGCCGCUGCCCAGUCGGCGGCACCGGCUGGGGGCACAGGCCGAGGAACCGCGAGAGGCUGGCCAAGUGACACCGGGCACCGAAGCCGCUGGGCUCUCGCCGAGAGGACGACAGGACCGGCUGCGCCCUGGGACUGUGGCGAGUCCCCGUACUCAGAACUUGGCCUGCGCUUCCCAAGACCCUUCCGAUCUCCGGAGGCCCUCAGAAAACAGGGAAAGAAAGGAAAAGACGGCGGCGGCAGCUCAAUGAGUGUCUACAGUAGGAAGUCUGAACUGGCUCGGUAGUAGGCGGGAAGUUGCCGGUGGGCUGCCCGUGCAGCCGCGAUGCUGCUGCGCGCCGCUCCAGCAGCCCGGGCCCCGUAGACCCUCUCCGCAUCACUCUCCUGCUUCCUCACGCUGCUCGGAGUCCCGGGACCCAGUGGGGCCGGCAUGACCGGCUUGCCUGGGGCCCGCCGCGCGCCCGGCCGUCUCCGGAGACGCGCACAGAACCUGGCUCCCACGGCCUCUGAGGCUCCGCAGGGCUGCGGCAGCCCGGCGGGAGGGCACCGGAGCCUUCCCGCGCGGCGUUAAUCCGCGGCUUGGCCCGGACGCGUCUAAAGGCUCCUCCCGAGAAGCCGAGGACACUGAGGAGUCCUUAGGACCUGUAACUUGAGGACCACGGAACUGCUACUCCUGUUUGCCUUUGGCGAUCGUCUUUAGCCCCCCGGAGCACGUCAGCGUCCAGCCCCCGCGACGCUCUCCCUGAAGCGGAGGACUCAGGAUUACCCCUUCGGCGAGACGGAUGGAGGAGAGCCCUUCCGUGGACCUGCCCCUGCAGCUCUGGCUCGCGCAGCUCAAGUCACCACCGUGAACAAGGGACCCUAAAGAAUGGCCGAGCCUUGGGGGAACGAGUUGGCGUCCGCAGCUGCCAGGGGGGACCUAGAGCAACUUACUAGUUUGUUGCAAAAUAAUGUAAACGUCAAUGCACAAAAUGGAUUUGGAAGGACUGCGCUGCAGGUUAUGAAACUUGGAAACCCCGAGAUUGCCAGGAGACUACUACUUAGAGGUGCUAACCCCGAUUUGAAAGACCGAACUGGUUUCGCUGUCAUUCACGAUGCAGCCAGAGCAGGUUUCCUGGACACUUUACAGACUUUGCUGGAGUUUCAAGCUGAUGUUAACAUCGAGGAUAAUGAAGGGAACCUGCCCUUGCACUUGGCUGCCAAAGAAGGCCACCUCCCGGUGGUGGAGUUCCUUGUGAAGCACACGGCCAGCAAAACGGGGCAUCGGAACCAUAAGGGGGACACCGCCUGCGACUUGGCCAGGCUGUACCGGAGGAACGAGGUCGUUAGCCUAAUGGAGGGAAUCCAGGCGGAGGGAGCUGCGAAUCUGCAAUGAAUGUGGGGAGGGCUCUCCCACACUGCCUUCUAUUUUGUCAGAUAAUUGGUUGGCUGUCUUAUUUUAAUAUCACUUGUUAAAAUUCAGUUUUGCCAUCUUUUAAGCAGCUAGUUAAAUCUUCUGAAAUUGCUAAUUUGAAAUCUUGCUACAGAUUUAUGAAUAUAUUUAAGCAAAAUCUUUUUCACCUGCAAAAAAUCCCGAGUUCUAAUAUGUAAUUGCAAAUAGCUUUGACUUUCUUCUGAAUAUUUUAUCUUUCCUUGACUUUUUCCUUGCUUCUCCUCUGCCAGUCUCAAUAACCAACUUGGAGAUUUUGUUUUAAAAAUGGUUUGUCCUGAUGCUUCUUUUUCCUAAUUAAAACACUUUUUCAAAAUA